AAUGUCUGAUAAACAAAGAGAAGAUAUUCAACUUGCUUUAGCUAAUAUAAUAAAAUCUCCCGUUCUAAAUGAUCAACUAUUAAGGAAUUUGCCAUAUCAAUAUGUUAAAGAUAUAUUAAUUUCGGUUUUGAAGGCAACUGACCUGAAAGAUAUUCUAACAGAUGAUGAUUUAAAGUUUAAAAUUGAUACUUUCGAUCAGAAAAUUCAACUUUUAGAAAAGAUAAUUAAAGCAGUUGGCAAAGAAUUACACGAAUCAAAUUUUGUUGAUGCAAAUGAUAUCGUUUCUGGGAAAAAUGUCAAUAAAACUCUGCAGUUUUUACUUAUGUUAACUAGACUUAACAGGAUUACAGAAGAUGAAAAGAGUGAACUAAAAUUAGGUUCUGAACAACCUAUAGAAGUUGAAAUUGGCUCUAACAUAGAAAAUAAACAUAUAGUACAAAGAAACAAUAUGCCAUUAAAAUUAUUGUUCAGUAAAAGUUUAGAGAAUCCCGUAUAUAAAGUCACUGAAAACAAGAAAACUUUUCAAAUUAAUUCAAUAACAUUGGAAGAUGUAGACUUCUUAAAUGAUUACUUUUUUUGUUUAAUCUUUCAAAUUAAAGGAAUAAUUAAAGAAUUUGAUGAAUUACCAUGGAUACCCCAUUCAUCUAAAAUUACAAAUUGCAAAAAUAUUACUGAUUGGGCAGUAUUUUGGACAAGCAAAUCAGAAAAACAAACAUUUUUGAACAAAUCAAAAACAUUGAGAGCGGUUAAUACUUUUGCUGGAUGUAAUUCUUUGAGCACUUGGAAUAAUGAAAACUCUGCAAAAACUCAAAUUGCUUCUGACGGAUCAUAUUGGAAUGAUAAAAAGGCUGUUAUAAUUCAUUUUCACAGCUUAUAUAAAGAUAAAGAACAAAAAGGAUCUUAUGAUAGAAUAUUCCAGAGAAUUAAUUUUGAAUCUUUAAUGAUAAAUCAAAAAAUUGAAUAUUGUACAAAUGUUUUAAAUUAUUGGAAAGUAAAAAAUUGGACAUUUUAUGAUUGUUACGAAGAUUAUGUUCACCUUUUAUCUCCGAAACAAUCACUUUUUAUCAUUCCAUUCAAUUUAACAUGCAAUGAAGAAAAUCUUUCAAAAUAUUUCAUGGAUGUAAUUAUUGGACUUUUGCAAAUGAAUUUGUGUCCAAACACUCUACCAGUUGUCAUUUUUAUUGGAUUUGGAACUAAGAUAAACGAAAUAGCAGCUAAAUAUGCUCUAAUUACAAUGAUUGAAUCAUUAAUAGAGGAUUUUCACGAUGCUAUAAGAAAAAGAUCAAGUAUUGAAGAACUCUCCAAAAUUAAAUUCAAUGAUCAAAAUAACAUUCACAACUUAGUGGCUUUAACUGAAUUGUUAAAAGAAUUGAAAGAAAAUCUGGAGGAUAAUAAUUCUCAUAUCAUUUCUUUCCUUAAUUAUGACAAUCAAAAGGAUCUUAAAGACUUGGUGGAAAAUAUGAAAAUAUCAUUUCAAAAUGUUACUCAUAGGAAACAAAAGUUUAAAUAUUCUGAUGAUAUCAUUGAUAAAUCUAUUGCUAAAAUUGAGAAAAUACUUGACGAAAAGGAAGACUUUUUAACGGUAACUCAACUUAUGAAGGAAAUUAAUAUUGAAGAUCUACUUGCCCUGGACAUAGAUGAUAAAAAAGAAAAAUGCUAUGCUGAAAAGAUAUGUCAAUUUCCAUUUUUCGAUGUUUUCCAACUAUGUUAUACUUUAGGACAUAUAGUACUUUUGAGAAGUUUUGCUUGUGAAGAAUGGUUUGUUGCCAAUCCAAAAUGGUUUACAAACUUGAUACAAAAAUUGCAUAACAUCUCUGAAGAGUGUAAUGAUCGUGUAGAAGAUGAUUUAUUCUUUUUUCGCAAGAAAACAAAAGUGUGUCAGAUAGCUGAAUGGUAUUGUUCAACUUUUAAAUUUCAAUCAGACAUUUUUGAAGUAUUUUUUGGGGCAGAAUUGUCAUUGACCUUAUCAUCUACAACAUUAUUUUUUCCCAUUCAAUUAUCAACUUGUGAAAAAGAUAUGAUGAAAUUAAUGAAGAAAGAAAAUAUGGAUACGACUAUCAGUGAUCUUUAUCACAAUUGGAUAACACUUCAAUAUGGACCUGUAGAAGCUUUUAUUUGCUUUGAUGAUGCUGAAUGUAAAACCAUUAAAGUUUGCUGUAGGGUUUUUGAAAAUGAUAAUUCUCCUAUUCUACUUGCAAACAUUGCAAAAGAAAUUGAAACUAUUAUUGAUUAUUCAUUGAAAAUCUCAUCUGUUUAUUUCUCAAAAACUAUGAAAACUCCGUGGGGAGAUGAACUUGAUAAAAUGAAAAAAGAUGACGACGACAGAUACUCGACUUUAAAUUUAAAAUUUUUUAAUAAUUUUUAUUUAAGCUUUGAUCAUGAGAUACAAAGACAUUUUUCGGUUUCAUGCUCAAAUAAAUGUAUUCUAAGAAGAGAACAUUUUCUAUGGAAAAUGCAUAAAGAGAUAUAUCCAACUUUCAAACGUGAAAUGAUAGUUAAAGAUGACAAAAAUGAAUUUACUACAAUUAAAGAAAGAGAUCUUUCAGAUAAUUCUGCUUUUGACUUUAUCAUGGAUUUAAUAAACUUCUAUUCAAUUACAUUAAUCAAUUGUCAAAAUUUAAAAUUUGAAUUAAUUGAUAGUUUUCGAGGAUAUUCAAUUAUGUUCAAUUCACAAGAAAACACAGUUAAAAGGAUAAGAAAAGAUAAGGAGGAUAAACUGGUAGACUUUUCUCUAAAUGAAUAUUCCAUUGUAACUGUGAAACUAUUACCACAACAUGGAGAAUAUAAGUCUUAUAAUAUGGCUUUUUCAAGAAAAGAAAUUUGUUUAAAUAUUUAUUUAAAUGAUAUUUCAAUACUAAUGUUGCCACUGGAAUCUCAAUCAAAAGUUAUUUUUAAAUUUCAUGAAGCAGAUAGCAAUUUGAUAUUUGACUUUACAUAUGCUCCAAGACAAGAAUUCAAUUUUUCACAUGACUCUAUUGAUAUUGGUCAGAAGUUAUUUCAUAGUUUUUCUGGAGAUAUUGCAACUGUUGAGGCCAUUUUACCAACAGAAAAGUUAAUUUUGGUUUCUCGAAUCAAUAAAUCAUUAUCACAAGAUGUUAAAUCAAUCGAAUACAUCAAAUUGUCAUUGAAGAAUGUUGAAGAAGUGAAACGCUUUUUUGCACAAUACUCUAAUGAUGAUGAUAAUGAUCAACAUAAGAUAUCAGAAGAGUUUCUUGGUUAUUUAAAUGCUUACAAUUGCCAAUCAGUUCCUAAUCACUGGAUAAAAAGUUUAAUGAGUGCAAAUAAUGAAGAUGACAUACCUUUACCUGAUAGAAAAGGCCUUCUUAAAGAAUGUGUACAAACUAAAUUGGGUACAGUUUCUAAUCCAGAUUCUGGGCGCUUUUUGUGCUAUUUUCACAACAAGAACUUGAAAACUACUAACAAAGAAAGGGAUAAGUUUCUAGAUUUAAUAUCAGAAGACAAGAUACAAACUGUGGAAAAUGAUAUUCUAAAAUUUGAUUAUUGCCAACAUUUCAAACUUUUAACAAAAUGGUAUAUUACUAAUGACGAAUAUAAUAUAGACGGAAGAGAAGGAGGAGAAGAUGAACUAUUUGGAAGAGUAAAAAAACUAAACAGAUUAAAGUCUAUAGCCCUCAAAAAUUGCAAUAUUUCUACAUUUGCGACAAAUAUUGACAGGCUAUCAUCCAGUCUCGAAAAUUUGCAUAUAAUGAACAGUCCAAUUACGACAAUCUCUCCUUCAAUUGGAAAAUGUUCCUUAGUAACAAAUUUACAUUUAAACGAUCUUUUAUUGACUGAUUUACCAAUGGAAAUGUCUAAUUUAUUCCAUUUAAAGUUUUUAAACCUGGGUGGAAAUUUAUUUAAAAGCGUUCCAAGAGUGAUUAAUCAACUGAAUUGUUUGAAAUUUUUGCUUUUACCUGCUAUUAAUUUCAAACCAUUUCAUUUAAAUAUCAAUCAAUCUUCCAUAGUAACAAUUGAUGAAUGGAAAAAUGUAUAUACUACACAAUAUUCCCGACUGAGCCAUAUCGGAUUUGAUGAAACAAAUAUGCUAAAGAUUUUUAAAGAUGCUGCUACUGCAACCAGUAGUGAUACUUUAACAACUACAGAUCAAAUUGAAGAUCUUCACGCAACACUUUAUAAGACACUACCAAGAAUCUCAUCAUGGAGUGUUUUAAAUAAUAUUAGUAAACAAUCUUACAAGACUCUUACCUUUUUGGAUUUAAAAUAUCAGAGUUUUAAGAUUUUGGAUGACAGUAUUGGGUAUUUGGAAAAAUUAGAAAGUUUACAUUUAUCUUUCAAUUUACUUCUUGAAGAGAUAAGCCCUAAAAUUGCUGAUCUUCCUUUAAAUCAAAUACUUUUUUAUAAUUGUCCAUCAUUGAGAACACCUCCUAAGGUAAUGGCUAGGUCAAGUGCAAAAUACAUUAAAAACUAUAUGAGAGCCCUAAGUAAGGGAUUUGUGUCAUGUAAAAGAACAAAGUUGAUGCUAGUUGGCCUUGGCGGCGCUGGAAAAACAAGCCUAGUAAAUGCACUAACAGAAAGUAAUCAAGAGAAAAGCGAAAAAAUAGUGAAAAAUACUCAAAUUACAGAUGGAAUUUGCAUUAAAAAAUGGUUUAUUAACUCUAUUGAAUAUUCAAUAUGGGAUUUUGCAGGACAAACAGUCUAUUACAACACUCAUCAGUUUUUUUUGUCAAAUAGAGCUGUUUAUUUUUUAGUUUGGAAUGUGAGAUCUGGAGAAGAGCACGCUGGUCUAGAAUUCUGGUUAAAUUCUAUAAAAUGUCAUGCUCCUAAAGCUCCAAUUUUCAUUGUAGGAACUCAUAUUGACCAGGGUUUCAAAGAAUUAGUUGAUGCUUUAUUAGAAAUAACUUCAAAAGAAAAAUAUAUGAACGAAAAAAUACCAAGUCUUUGGUUAGACUUCGAAGAAGCUCUGUUUAAAGAAAGUAAAACUUUAAAUAUAAUUUCAAUUGAUAAAGCUAUGGAUAAAGCUUUCCACUGUGGUAUAGUUGAAAAAGCUGAGUUUUACCAAGCUGUUGAAUUUCUUCAUCAGUUGGGAUCUGUUCUGUACUUUCAAAAUGAAUAUUUAAGGAAAAAAAUUAUUAUAAAUCCUCAAUGGAUUGUUGAUGUAAUGGCUUGCAUUGUUUCAGUUCAUAUAAAUCCAAUUAAAAAUGGAAAGUUGUUACAUGAUGACUUGAGUAAAAUUUGGCCAGAAGAAACGUACUCUAAAGAUCUUCAUCAAUGGCUUUUACGUUUAACUGAAGAGUUUGAUUUGACAUUUUGCUUAAAAAAUGAAAUGGCUAGUUUAGUUCCCUGUCUUCUUCCUGAUGUUGAACCAGACGAUUUUUGGGAAGAAGAACCUUUAAAGGAAAAUGAAGUGCAAUCUAAGAUGAUGCUCAAUUUUGAUUAUCUGCCAUUUGGUCUUUUUAACAGAGCUCAAGUUAGACUUUAUCAGUUUGGCGAUGAAUCUCUAAUCUGGAAAUCUGGCUCUUUUUUGAGAAAAAAUGGUCACAGGGGUAUUUUGAAGAAAACCAGCUUAUCAAGCAUUCUUAUGGAAGUUAGAGGAUUAAAACCUGAAAAUGUACUUUUUCUUGUCCAUGAAGUAUUUGAAACAUUAAUUGCAGAGUCAUUUGAAGGAGUUCAAUUUGAUUUUAAAGUACCUUGCCCUGAAUGCAUUUAUCAAAAUUUGCCAGAUCCUAGUAUGGUCAAAGCAGUGAGAAUAAGAAGGGCACUACAGUUAAAAAUUCCUUUUAUGCAAUGCACUCGCAAUUUCCAUACUGUGUCAAUAACUCAACUUCAAAAUAUGUUACCUCCUGAGAGCAGUGAAGAAUUAGACAUGCAUCUACAAAGUGCUGUUACAGAGUUAAAGAAGAUACAACCAGGCCCAUUAACAAAUGUAGUAAUGUUAUAUUGUUUAUCUGACGAUCCUCCCAGUGAAUUAGACAAUAACAGCUAUGUUUCUGCAACAAAAAUAAAAAACGAAUUAGAAAAAUCAAACUUUUCAAUAAAAAUGUAUAAUGAUUCUUGUGAAAGUUAUUUUGAAGAGGCAAUAGCUUCAUUAAAAUCUACACAAGUGGUACUCACACUAAUGACAGAUGAUUUUGUUAAGAAUACUACUUGUAGAAAUUUAUUCAUUUACGUGAAAAAGAAUUUAGUAAAGCAAAAUCAAUUAAUUUUAAUUAAGAAGAGUGAUAAAUGGAAAAAGCAUACAGAUGUUGGAAUGUUAUGCUCGGAUGAUUUAUACAUCAACAUGCAAAACAUUGAGAACUUCAACUCAAAAAUGAAUGAUUUGAAAAAUUCAUUAAAUAUCAAUUCGAAAUCAUCUACUGAAUGGCAGCCAUGUUUUAUAAGUUAUUGUUGGAGUAAUUCUCAAAUGGCUAUAAAUAGAGGGACAAAAUUAAAUGAAAAGGCACUUGGUAAAACAGAUCCAAGACUAUUGAAAGAAAAGCUUGAAGAAGCUGGAAUUAAAUGUUGGAUGGAUAUUGAACAAGUAAAUAGAGGUGGUUUAUUUCAAGAUAUUGCUGAAGGUUUAAAAAAAGCUAAAAUUGUUGUGGCCUGUGUAUCAGAUGAAUAUGUUUCAUCUAAAAAUUGCCAGAUGGAAUUCCGCUUUGCAGCUAUUACAUUGAGAUUACCAAUUAUUCUUGCUAUUGUUGGAACUGGUAAGAAUUGGAUCAAAUCUGAAAUUGGAAUGAUAUCUCUACAAUAUCCAAGAGUUGACCUUCAAGAGAGAGAUACUAAUGUUGUAGAAAUUGUUGACUUUGUCAAAGAAAGGCUUUCUACAGAAAAAUUAGACGAAACUAUAAAAAGUAACAAGGAUACAAAUCAUGAAGAAUUUGCUGAACUUUUAGAAUUAGCAGAACGGAAGCUACUAAGACAAUUAACUAUUUUACAAAACUUAUCCAGAGGAUCAAAUUUUCCACAUAUUCCAAUAUUAGAUUUCUCUCCAAAUUCAGAUGAAAAUUCCAUAAUGGAAUAUUAUUUUCUCUUCCUUUGUGAACACGAUCAGGGUUGGCAUCUGCCCGAUAAUCACCAAGUUAUUAAAUGGAAUGUUCCAUUUAAAAGCGAAGAAGCUGAAAAGCAUUUAAGAGAAUGGUCUGCUUAUUUGGUUAGAAUUUAUGCCAUUCUCCAGUACAGUCACAUUCAACUACAUGUACUGAGGAGUAAAGAAGGACAAAGUUUUCUUGAGCAGUUGCAAACGACCCUUUCAAAGAAAAGCUUCAGAGAUAGCUAUGUAUCUCUGUUGGAAUCAAUAGCAAAUAAAAUGGAUCAUCAAUAUAACACUAGUCUGCCAACUAGUUUAGCCAAGUGUCAGAUAUACAAUGGAAAAAUUCUAUGGUUGUGCAACUAUCACCAAAAACAACCAAGAGUAACAAUCCUUCAGUCAGAUGAAACAAAUUUUACUAAGGAUUCUAAGACAAAUAAGGAAGAAGUACUACUUGAAAAAAUUAAAGGACAGAAUGAGCAUGGAAUUGUAAAGGAAGAAACUUCUCAAUAUUUAGAAAAUAAAGUUUUAAAUAAAGAGGAAAAGAAAGAAGAAAAAUUGAUUAAAGAUGAUACAGACAAUUCAAAUAAAACGGCAGCAAAAAGUCAAGAAGAAAAGGAAAAAAAGAAAGUUAUCAAUGACCUAAUUAGUAAUGGAGGUAGAGCUAAGAGUAUAGCUUGUGUAAUCUGUUAA